CUCAACGGUGGAACCGCGCCCGCCAACCACACCUCGGGGGCGGGCCAUCCCAGUGGACGAAGUCAUUUACGGACUAUGGCGUUGGGCGGUCACGUGGGUUUUGAUUCGCUGCCCGACCAAUUGGUCAAUAAGGCCGUGCAUGGCGGAUUCACCUUCAACAUCUUGAGUAUCGGUGAGACCGGCUUGGGCAAGUCGACGCUCAUGGAUUCGCUCUUUAAUACGGCCUUUGAGGCCGGACCCUCCACGCAUCAAGAGCCUUGGGUCAAACUCAAGGCUCAUACCUAUGAGCUCGAAGAGAGUAACGUCAAACUCAAGUUGACCCUGUGCGAUACCGUGGGUUAUGGUGACCAAGUCAAUAAAGAAGACAGUUUCAAGUCCAUCGUCAACUACAUCGACGCCCAAUUCGAAAACUACCUGCAAGAAGAGCUGAAGAUCAAGCGGAAUCUCAACACGUUUCAUGACAGUCGCAUCCACGUGUGUCUAUAUUUCGUCACGCCCAAUGGGCAUGGACUAAAGUCCAUCGACUUAGUGUGCAUGAAGAAGCUCGACACGAAGGUUAACAUUAUCCCCAUCAUUGCCAAGGCUGAUACCGUAAACAAACAGGAGCUCUCCAAAUUCAAAGCUAAAAUUAUGUCCGAGUUGUUGAAUAACGGUGUUCAAAUAUACCAAUUCCCGGAGAAUGACGACACCAUCGCCAGUACGAAUAAGUCGAUGAAUUCGCAAUUGCCAUUUGCUGUGGUCGGGUCCACGGAGUUCGUGAAAGUCGGGCAAAAAACCAUGCGUGCACGACAAUAUCCAUGGGGCGUGGUUCAAGUGGAAAACGAGAACCAUUGCGACUUCACUAAACUCCGUGAGAUGCUGAUCCGUACAAAUAUGGAGGAUCUAAGGGAUACCACUCAUGGGAAGCAUUACGAAGUAUACCGAAAACUCCGUCUUCAAGAGAUGGGAUUCACGGACAGUGAGAAGCCAAGCAGUUUCGCUGAGCAGUACACGCUUCGUCGGGAAAACCAUCUGACCUCGCUACAAGCCAAGGAGGACGAAAUGAGGCAGAAGUUCGUUAUGAGGGUCAAAGAGAAAGAAAGCGAGCUCAAAGAGGCUGAAAGAGAGCUUCACUCCAAGUUUGACGACAUGAAGAUCAACGUCUCGGAGGAGAAGAAACGCGUCGAGGAUCAACGCCGCAUCCUCGAGGACAACAUUGCGGACUUUCACCGCCGAAAGGCACAAUACGAGGCCGAAAAGGCCAACUCUGGUCAUCAUACCCUCACUUUGGGGAAGCUCGGGAAGAAGAAGUGACGUUUGCCCUCUGGAAUCUGAUCGCGGGUCGAGACUCCAUUGCGCAGGGCUGCCAUCCUCACCCGACUUCCUUAAUUCAACAUAACUCUUCAAAAAUAAAAUGAAAAAAGAAACUCCACCUCGAUCUUUGCCAAAAUGCACCCCAAACUAAACUGACUAGUCUUCGGUGCCAAUUACGACGUCUAUAUUACCUAUGCUAUGAACGAUUCUCCUGCUAUUAUCUUUGUUCUAAUUUCCCUUCCAAACCACCACGAAUGCUCGUUUGCUCCCCGGAUAUUUUUAUAUGCAUAUAUACACACGCACACACUUCGGUUUUCA